AUGAGAUUAGGAAGUAUCUGGACCUGCAACUCCCGGUCCUCCAAUGCUCCUGAAGUUCCUCUCUCCCUUGCUCUGGAGACUCUAAAUAACAGAUUCCCUGAACCUGAAUGGCCGCGGGUUUAUACUGACGGCUCUUUUUCAAAUAACCAACCUAAUGCUGGAGCGGGUGUCUUUAGCGAACUGUUUUCUUUUUAUGCCCCAAUCGGAAGUUUCCGAACCGCAUUCGAUGGGGUGGUUUCAGCUAUUCGCAUGGCUCUUCAACAGUUGGUCGUUCUUAAUGAUAAAUUUCAAAAUGCUGUUAUCUUAUCUGACUCCAGAGCUUCUAUCCAGUCCAUAUGCUCCAUUCUCGUCCCAUCUUCUAGGGACAUAUUGGACUGCCUACUAUCCAUUAAAAAACUAGAACAAUUGGGAAAAGCGACUGUUCUGCAGUGGGUUCCGGCUCAUUGUGGGCUUAGUGGAAAUGAGCGGGCAGCCGCAUAG